UAACUGAUUGUUGAUCAUCGAUUUAAAGCGUUGUGUUGUGUAGGUGAUACACGUUUAAUCAAGAUAUCGAGAAAAUAUUAUAAAUAAUGAUUUUUAUUAUCAAUGAUAAUGCCGAACUGAAAUACUUAAAGACUUAUUAAUUCGCGUUAAUAAAUAUUCUUCGUAGUUCUUUGCUAACAUUGUAACAGUUCAGUGUGACUGCACUUGUUUUUUCUCUGAUCUAUGUAUGGGUUUAGGUGAAUACGGCUGAUUCUUGGAAAAAUAUAAAAGGCUUAUCUCCGGUAUUAGUAUAUACCGCAAGAGCAGAGCCACGAGUCACAUUUUUCGCAAUCCUUAGAGCAUUGUAAAGACCUAGUCAUUCUACUGUUUUGUACUAAUGCAUUUAUUGUACAAAGAUAAGGGAAGUGAACAAACGAACGUAAAUCUACCGAAGGGAGUAAACUUUGAAUAUCUAAUCUGAAGACAUACUUAUGUGCAACUUAAAUAAUGCAUUUAACAAUUUUCGUUUUAAUUAUUAUCAACUUAACUCUCACGACUAGUAAAGUCGUGAGAAGAAAAGAAAUAAGCUAUUGUAUAGUCACUCAAGAAGAUUUUCCUGAUCACUUUGAUUUUACUAAACUGACUAAUAAUACAAUAGAUUACAAAAUUGAACACGAAAAAGAUGAUUUUUUGACAUUACAACUAUGUAAACCAUUGAAAAAUUCUUGCAAUAGUUUAAGGGGUUAUGCUGUAUGCUAUUCUAAAAAUGGGAAAGAAUAUGCAAUAGGAAAAGAACCCCCUCAAGUUAAUAGUGUAAAGUUUGGUGAAACCAUUUUUAGAUACACUGGUGAUCAAUGUGAUAAUAACAAUAACUACACAGUCAACAUAAAAAUGAUAUGCGAUUUUUCAGAUAAAAAAUCUGAUGAUAUACUUUGGUUUCCGACGGAAUAUAAUCAAUGUGACUUCAAUCUGGAAUGGAGAACUAAUCAUGCUUGUGCCAAGAGAUCGCUGAGUAACUGUACUGUGGAUUAUAAAUCUCAACAUUAUGACCUUAGGUCUUUAAUAAAUUAUGCAAAUAAUUAUGAAGUUAAGAUUAAUGAGACCUACACAGUUGUUUUAAAUGUUUGUCACUCUAUAUUAUACCGACCAAAUUCAUGUAAAUCAGAUACUGCUGCAUGUUUAGUUAUCAAUGGUACAGAAAUCCCUAGAAAUUUAGGUACAUUAGCUGGUAAUCUAAAAUAUGACGAAGAAAACAAAACUUUAUCAUUGACUUAUAAAGAUGGUGGAGUGUGUAAUACUCAGAGUGAUAAUUAUCACAUUCAAACAACUAUAACAUUUAUUUGUAAUCAAAAUGCAAUUGGUACUUUACCUAUUUAUGUUGGGGGAAUGGAGAAUUGUCAUUAUAAAUUCAAUUGGAUAACUGCUGCAGCAUGUAGUGAACAAGUUUUGGAGAAAAAAAGUUUAGAAGAAUCACAUCAAAGUAUUUGUUCAGUAAAAAAUCCUGUUACCAAUUUUUUGUAUAAUUUUACUUCAUUAAUGAACAAAGCAUUUUCUGUUCAUUCAUUUGGAAUAACAGAAAUAUACGAGUUUAGUAUUUGUGGUCCUGUAAUUAACACUUCUUGUACCAAUGGAACAGGCACAUGUAAGAUCCGUAACAAUAUGUCAGGUGGAAUGGGCAAUUCUAAUCUUUUAUGGAAAGAGACUGGUCCUUAUUUGAAUUACACAAAUGGUAGUCCAUGUGGAAAUGGAAUUAAAAAAAUGUAUACAAUAAUAGAAUUUUAUUGUAAUAACAUUGAGAAUUAUGAUAUUGAUGAAAGACCGGACCUAUGUUAUAAUAUAAUCAAAGUAACCACAGAGCUUGCAUGUUUAGAAAGUCCAAAGUCAUGUGUCACAGCUGAUAAAGAAAUCGAUUUGAAUCCACUAAAACUUCGAUCAUCUAAUUAUGAGAUUAAGACUGGAGAUUCAGAUGUUUAUAUCAACGUAUGUCGUCCUCUUGUAAGAGAAGAGGAAACAAAUUGUCCAGAUGAAGUAGCAAUUUGUAAACUAACAAGGAAAAAUGGGAUUACUUAUCCUAUUAGCCUUGGGUUAUCUAAUAAAAAUCCUACUCGCAGCACUGAUCGUAGUGCUGUUUUAAUAUAUAAUGGUGGCUCCACUUGCGAAGAAGAUAAAGGAAAAAAACUUAAAUCCAGUAUUUCAUUUGUAUGUGAUGUUAAGAAAGAAAAAGGCAUACCGGCUUUUUUGCAUUACAAAAACUGUACAUACUUUUUCGAGUGGAAAACUGCAGUAGCAUGUGGAAAGAUAAAUGGCCAAUUGGACAAAAAAACUUGUUUGAUAAGUAAUAAUCUUGGAGACGUCCAAUCUUUAUCAUUUUUGAAAGAAGUUAUGAGUCCUCAAUAUGUUGUAAAUAAAAGUAAAACUUACAACAUUUCUCUCUGUGGAUUUAAUGAUUGCAAUGGAGGGUUCAUUUGUGCCAAUAACGUCAUAUAUGGUACAAAUGUAAACAUAGUGUUUGAUUACACUGUUAAUUCCAUCCAAAUAAAUUUCACUCAAGGAACCAAAUGUGCUGAUGGAUCCAAAGCUAAGUCAUCUAUUACUUUAGUUUGUAACCAACUAAAUUCUUUAGCGAAACCAGUAAUCAUCAGAGAAGAGCCAUGUAACAUAGAAUUUGAAUGGCCUACAUCAAAAAUAUGUCAAAGACAAAAUAAUAAUAUGAACAAGACACAACCACAGUCCAGUGAAUCUGGUUCUCUGAGUGGUGGUCAAAUUGUUGGAAUCAUAUUUGCUGUCUUUCUCAUUCUGAUAGCAAUUAUUUACAGUACAAGACGCUGGCAUCUUGUAGAUCUAAUUACCCAUUCAAGACACUGUGAUCACGUAAGAUAUUCACGGGUCAAUACCGAAGAAGAAGUUCAUCUGCUAUUAGAUGCUUCUGAUCCCAACGUCAUUGAAACUGACAGUGAUAAUGAUCUCCUUCAAGCUUAGUCAUGUUAAAAGAACGUUACCAAACAGUUUUUAUAAAAUUUAAUAUAAAUGCGUUUGUGAUUUUUUUUUAACUUAAUAAGGGAAUUACGAUUGCGCUUUAUACACAAAAAUAUUAUUCAAUUAUAUAAAAUUUAAGCACUCGUUCCCACAAAUGAAAAAAAAAUAUUCCUUCAAAGUAGAUACACAGAUAGCAUAGUUAUUUAUGCAUGUUUGGACAUGUUUGUAAACAUAGCAGUUUUAAUUGUAAAUGAUUUUGAUAUAACCAUGAAAAAAAUGCUACUUAUUCAGAUGUUUGGGCUCUCGCCACAUAUGCGCAUACGCGCACGUACGAGGGCGUACAAAUCGCUAAAAAUUUUAAUAGUGCCAACAACAGAAAGUUACUAAUA